ACUUCACCAUUGUAUAUAAACGCUCUCUUCGAGAAGAAGCUUAUUACCACUGAAAUCUAAAGCUGUAAAGAUUUCCGAAAAGUUUAAUAUGAUGAAGUCCGUGGUUCUCGUUAUCUUCAUGUUGGCAGCAGUUGCCUACAGCUCCUACGUUGAUGUAAUUCCACAUUACAGCAAACAUGGACAUGGACAUGGAAUAAGUACUAGAUACUUUGUGAAAGCCCAGGGGCAUGGAUAUGGUGGCUAUGGGCUGGGAUACGGAGGCUAUGGUCAAGGAUACGGCAGUUAUGGAGGUUAUGGUCUAGGAGGAUACGGCGGUUAUGGAGGUUAUGGUCUAGGAGGAUACGGCGGCUACGGAGCUGGAUAUGGUGAUAGUCUUGGAUAUGGUGGAUAUUGGUAGAAACCAAAAGAAUUCAAAGAACUAAUACAUGGUGACGACAGAGAAAUGGAUAGAGGAAGAAACCAUGGAAUGAAAAUGUAAAUGCAGCGCGUAAUAAAAAAUUAAAUGUUUCAUCUGAAAAAAAUCUUGUUAAACUUCGAAUAUAUAAAAAUAAAAAGGAUCUUAUAUUCUGUUAUGUAAUAA